AUGUAUUAUUGAAAUAAAUUUUAUAAAAAGUUGAUGAGAAAAUGGAAUAUACAUUAAACAACAAUAUAAUUAGUAGACUACUUCGAUUAGCUGAUUUAGCAAUGGAUCGGUUAGAGAAUGGACCAGCAUUUGCUCAUCUAUCAGUUUUAAUAAACAUUGUACCAGAUCUCAAAGAUAGUAUUAAACAAAAAUUCAUUACAUGCCUGUGUUAUUAUGGAAAAGAGCUUGAAGAUGAUGAAUGUUAUUCUGAUAUUUUUAAUUGUUAUGAAAAUGCUUUAAAACUAUUUCCAAAUAAUGAAAUAUUGCUCAAUAAUUUAGGAUCUCAUUUAAUUAGAUUAGGUUACAAUGAAGAAGGUCAAAAUUUUGUUAUGAAAGCACUUGAUAUUAAUGAAUUUUAUUUACCAGCAAUAACUAAUAUUCAAAUUGUAAAUAGUCGCUUUGUUGAACGCUGGCAUUAUAGAAUGUUAAAUGACUCAAAACGUAAUUUAGCUUAUAAAAAAGCUAUUGGCAAUAGAAUAAAUCAAGGUCAUAAAACAGUAUUAGAUAUUGGAUGUGGAUCUCUUAUUUUAAGCUUAUAUGCAGCAGAAUAUCCAGUUGAUAGAAUCUAUGCUUGUGAUUAUUCUAAAAUUAUGUCAAAAAUUGCAUCUGAAGUUUUAACACGAAACAAUUUACAUAAUUUAAUUAAAAUAUUUAAUAUGAAUUCAAAUGAUUUGUGUAUUCCAGAUAAUAUUGAUGAACGAGUUUCUUUAGUUGUUACCGAAACUAUGGAUGCUGGUUUAUUUGGUGAACAUAUUCUCACUACUCUUAAGCAUGCUUGGGAUAAAUUACUUUUACCUCCAAAAUCAAAUGUUAACCCUGAACUACCUCAUGGAUGUGUUAUUCCACAUCACGCAAAAGUAUAUGCAGUUCCUAUUCAAUGUUCUUACGUUCGUAAGAGAAACUUAUUUUAUGGAAAAGAACAGUUAUAUUUUAAACAACUUAAUUUAUGUUCUACUACUAAUGAACCCUAUGACUGUGAAAAAUUAAGCCAAUUGCCUGGAGGUUAUAUUUUUUUAGCUGCACCUCAAGUAGUCAUGGAUAUCAAUUUUAAUGAUCCAAGUCAAAUAAAUAAAUUAUUAAACACUCAAAAUGUAAACAUUAAAAGUAUGAAGUACAGUAUAACUCAGUCAGGAAAUGUAGAUGCUAUUAUUUCUUGGUUUGUUGUUAAUUUGACGGAAGACAUAUCUAUUAAUACAAUCGAUGAAAAAAAUGAAAACUGUUGUUGGGAACAAGCUCUGUUUGUUUCCAAAAGUAAUAGAAGAGUUGAACAAGGAGAUGAGCUCUGUGUAUUACAUAACUGGGAAGACGAUCAUUAUGUUUUGAAAAUAGAUGAUGAAAUUAGCAACCCAAAAUUUAUACCAUUAGAUAAAGAAAUAAUUGCAUUUUUAAAUGAUAUUAAUCAGGUUGAAGGUUAUAUUAAAGCUGCUAAACAGUGGUAUAAAAAUAAUAAAUCUCUUAAAAAUAUAAGAAUUUUGGAUACAUGUCCAUUUCCAAUUUUUGGCAUAGAAAUCCUUUCAUUAGCUACUUCCACUAAUAAUUAUAUUGAUAUUGAAAUUUAUUACAUUGACACAAAUCUGACAGAGAUUAUUGAAAAUCAAAUGUAUACAGAAAAAAUGUUAAAACCAAAUGGAAUUAUUUUGCCAGAAAAAAUUUCAGUAAAAUGUCAAUUAGUCAAUUCAAAAUGGUUACCACAUGUUAGUAAAGUAAAUGAAAAUAAUAAUAGUUGUAAUCCUCUUAUUCGAGAUUUAAUAAAUACCUAUAGUGUUAAUCAUCAUUUAGAUGUAUUCAGACAUUUAGUGACAGAUAUCUGUCUGUCAGAUUGUAAGACAUGUUUAACGUUAUUACCUAAACAAUUAUCACAGGAAAUGUCAUUACUUAAGAGUAUUCCAAUCAUAGCUAAUGGAAAAUUAAAUACGAUCUUGUAUUACUUUAAAAUAUUUAUUUAUAACAACUGUAAUGUUUCUACAGCAAAUGAAAAUUCAUAUUUAAAUCAGUGUGCUUUUCUUAUUGAAAAUGCAAUAAAUGUUUAUUCAGGAAACGAGGUGAAAAUAAAUACAAUGAUUAACAAUGGCCAUUUGCUUUUAACUGUGGAUAAAAAAUAAUACAAAAUCUUAACUAUUUAUAAAAAACUUAAUACAUUUUAUUGUAUAAUA